CCCCCGGCCACUUCGCUAACUUGUGGCUGUUGUGAUGCGUAUUCCCGUAGAUCCGAGCACCAGCCGGCGCUUCAGCCCCCCCUCCAGCAGCCUGCAGCCCGGCAAGAUGAGCGACGUGAGCCCGGUGGUGGCUGCGCAACAGCAACAGCAGCAGCAGCAGCAGCAGCAACAGCAGCAGCAACAGCAGCAGCAGCAGCAACAGCAGCAGCAGCAGCAGCAACAAGAGGCGGCGGCGGCGGCAGCGGCGGCGGCGGCGGCGGCGGCGGCAGCUGCUGCAGCUGCGGUGCCCCGGUUGCGUCCGCCACACGACAACCGCACCAUGGUGGAGAUCAUCGCCGACCACCCGGCCGAACUGGUCCGCACCGACAGCCCCAACUUCCUGUGCUCGGUGCUGCCCUCACAUUGGCGGUGCAAUAAGACCCUACCCGUGGCCUUCAAGGUGGUAGCCCUCGGAGAGGUCCCAGAUGGAACUGUGGUUACUGUCAUGGCAGGGAACGAUGAGAACUAUUCUGCUGAACUCCGAAAUGCCUCUGCUGUUAUGAAAAACCAAGUAGCAAGGUUCAACGAUCUGAGAUUUGUGGGCCGGAGUGGACGAGGCAAGAGUUUCACCUUGACUAUAACGGUCUUCACAAAUCCUCCCCAAGUAGCCACUUAUCACAGAGCUAUUAAAGUUACAGUGGAUGGACCCCGGGAACCCAGAAGGCACAGACAGAAGCUUGAUGACUCUAAACCUAGUUUGUUCUCUGACCGCCUCAGUGAUUUAGGGCGCAUUCCUCAUCCCAGUAUGAGAGUAGGUGUCCCGCCUCAGAACCCACGGCCCUCCCUGAACUCUGCACCAAGUCCUUUUAAUCCACAAGGACAGAGUCAGAUUACAGAUCCCAGGCAGGCACAGUCUUCUCCGCCGUGGUCCUACGACCAGUCUUACCCGUCCUACCUGAGCCAGAUGACGUCCCCAUCCAUCCACUCUACCACACCACUGUCUUCCACACGGGGUACUGGGCUACCUGCCAUCACUGACGUGCCCAGGCGUAUUUCAGAUGAUGACACUGCCACCUCUGACUUCUGCCUCUGGCCUUCCACUCUCAAUAAGAAGAGCCAGGCAGGUGCUUCAGAACUGGGCCCUUUUUCAGACCCCAGGCAGUUCCCAAGCAUUUCAUCCCUCACUGAGAGCCGCUUCUCCAACCCACGAAUGCAUUAUCCAGCUACCUUUACUUACACCCCGCCAGUCACGUCAGGCAUGUCCCUCGGCAUGUCCGCCACCACUCACUACCACACCUACCUGCCACCACCCUACCCCGGCUCCUCCCAAAGCCAGAGUGGACCCUUCCAGAGCAGCAGCACUCCAUAUCUCUACUAUGGUACUUCAUCAGGAUCCUAUCAGUUCCCCAUGGUGCCGGGCGGAGACCGGUCUCCUUCCAGAAUGCUUCCGCCAUGCACCACCACCUCGAAUGGCAGCACGCUAUUAAAUCCAAAUUUGCCUAACCAGAAUGAUGGUGUUGACGCUGAUGGAAGCCACAGCAGUUCCCCAACUGUUUUGAAUUCUAGUGGCAGAAUGGAUGAAUCUGUUUGGCGACCAUACUGAAAUUCCUCAGCAGUGGCCCAGUGACAUCUGGGGGCCACAUCCCACAUGUUAAUAUAUACAUAUAUAAAGAGAGUACAUAUAUAUGUAUAUUGAUUAGCUAUCUAGAAGAUUUCUCAUUCGUUCCCUAGUCAUGAUCUUGCAAUCCUCAGAGGGUAGAGAGAAGCAGAAAGCUGGAAAGACAAUCAUAACUGGGUUUCAUAUUGUUUACUAUUUAAGAUGUCCUUUGUACCGAGGAACAAGAAGGGUAAAGCUGUUGUUGUUUGGUCUGUUGUCAUAAAAUAACCUGUUCCUAUGCUGAUUCAGAGAGGUGGACUCCGGGUUGAGGAGGGAGAAGAGAAAAGCCGCUUCCUCCUAGUGCUUUCAAACCACACACCUCCCUGUGCAUGGCAGCUGUUGUGUGGGCCCGUGCACCGGCUUGCAAAGCCAGUCCUGGUGUGCAAGAAAGGGGACGAGAGGUAGCACGGAUGUUCCCAGUACCAUCCAUUCUAAAUAACUGUUCCAAAGUUUGCCUUCAGACUUACUACGGUACUCAUUUAAACUGUUCAGUUAUUAUUAUUGUUUUCCUAUUCUAAGAAAGUGACUUCAAAAAUACUGUCAGGAUAGAAUAUUUUAUUUUACUUUUUUUAUACGUCCCCUUUUUCCCAUUUAACCAAAAAGAAUCCCAUCCCCUAACCCUUCCUCCUCCUUCUCCUUUUAUGAAACCUGAAAAUGGCAAUACUUUUUUAGAGCCAUAAUGGUAUAGUGUUUGAGUUGGCUGUGUGUUAUUUGUUUUUCUUUUUUUUUUUUUAAAUUAUGAAUAUGUGUAAAAUCUGAGGUAACUUGCUAACGUGAAUGGUCAUAUAACUUUAAAGAUAUAUUUAUAAUUAUUUAAUGACAUUUGGACCUUUGAAACAUUUCUUAGUGUAAUGUUGACUUCGGUCUCUAAAAGUGCUCUUUAAUAAUUAACAAAUUUCUUCAGUGGGCUAGAGCCAUAUCUGAAAUAUUGCUAAGCAAUUUCAGUUCCUCCAGGCACAAUGUGAGUUUUGGAAAAAUACUUCCAUCUCCAAAUCUUUUAGAUGUAGUUUUUUUUUUGUGACGUAUGAAGGAAAUGUUAUGUUUCAUUCUUUCAGGUCUUUGCCUCUGACACAGCUUUGCCUUUUAAAGCAAUAAUUAGGUAUCUUUAAAAAACAACAACAAAAAACCACCCUUAGCCCUUUAACACUUAAUGUUGCCCCUUUACCAGCAUAAAAUGCUGGAGAGAUGUGGUUUCCUAGUUUCUUUUUUUGGAUCAUUAUGACUCUCAUCAUAUUAAAGACACAGCACAAGUGAGUGUUGAACACAGACAAGUGUUCUGUGGUUUCAUAGUUAAGCAAAACUCUAAAUCGCCAGGCUUCACGGUAAAGACCUAGUCAGCAGAAAGCCACACAAUUGCUGAAGGAUCUACAUGCAGGAUAAAUAGAAGGGUCCCUCCGCAGACUGCACCAACCAGCCUUACCAGACAGUUAUUCAGGGGAAGCCCAAAGCACCUUACCCAAGGUUCUGCUGGCAGGGUUCCAAGGAAGUUGCAUUUUAAGGAGCAGAAUGAAGUCACUGUCCUAGGGGAGCUGGUCAUCUGAGGUAGCAACCAAGUUCCAGCCCAUGUCAGUAGACACAGGGCCUGUGGGGACUGACACGGAAAUCUUUGACAUGAGCGUUUCUCACAGGGUAGGGCCAACAGUAGGGAAGGCCUGCCACUGUGUGUGAAAUUGAGAUCCAGUGGGAUGCACUUUGAUCAAGGUACCGUGUGGCCAACCCUGAGUGUAAUCCUUAAUCCAAACCAGUGAUCACUCAGACUCUGCCCUCUUCCCAUACCGCCAGGGUACCUUCGUUUGAAUCCCAAGCUCUCUUACGCAGAGCUCUGCAGAUAUUUGUGUCCAGUCCCUCUCCAGGAUCUCUGGUCCUUCUCAAGUUCACCUUUGUUUACCACCAAGCAGUGCAGGACAGCUGCGGGGCAGGUGGACCUGUAUGUGCCUCCAGCCUGAGUUUCCCUUAGAAUUCAUCUUGACUCCUCUGAUAGAAAUCAAAGGGGAGGUGGGAACCCGGGACCCCAAACCCCAAACACUUUGCCUUCUAAAGGUUGUGUACCAAGUAUGUUUAGAUAAAUAAGCCACUUUUGUAUUACUGAAGAUGGAAGUGUAAUUGAUGCUAUUUAUUGUUUGUGUGUGGUAGCUUGAAGCACACCACCGUCCAUUUGUUUGUUUGAUACGCGUUUGUUUCAGCAGCACUUAAAAAAAGCCAGUGUCUGGUUACACUUUUCAGUUUUAAUUAAUUGACAUUAAAAUGUUACCACCAGUGCCAGCUGCACCCUAUUUAAUUAAAAAGGUACUAUAGUUGUACAUUUUUUUAAUGUUAAAAGGGCUUUCUAAGUUUACAGUACACAUGUUAAGUGACUGUAGGGAUGCUUUAGUGUCAAAAUGUUAUUGUUAUUAUAGUGGCUGCAGGCAGCAACCCAGAAACACUUUUGGAAAAAAAAAAAAAGAAAAAAGGUUGUUGCUUUUUUUCCUUCCCACUUGGGAAAAAUUCAAGCACUUCACCUUUCAUCCAACCACCUCAGUAGGGUGACUCACUUAGAGAAAAUUCUUAUUUUUGGUCUAAGGGUUCAGAUCCCCCCUGCCCCCUUUCCUUCUUUCCUGAACUCUUUAUUUGCACUGGGUCACAUGUAUGAUUCCUGAUUUCAAGACCAAAGCAAAAUCUUACUACUUUUCUGGAACCAUCUUUGUACGAGGCAACACUCAGUUUCCUUGGGGUUAGAAUAACAUGGUUCUUGAUGGGGAAACAUUGUUGGGAUUUACAGUGUGACCAACACAGCCACAUGUUUUUUUUUUUUUUUUUUUUUUUAAUCCUUUUCAAUUGUCUCGGAAAUUUUAACCUAUGUCAGAGUUCCCGAACAGGUACCACAACUUUGGUCUUAGAUUAGUGGAAUGACGUCCAGCUUGAAACAGAGAGAUUUAACAGAUUAACUACUGUUUACUCUCCAAGCUGUCUCAUUCUUCACCCCGAGGUAGAAAAAUGAACAGAGAAACAACUCCACACCAUUAGAGUCUGUCCAUUGUAGAUUCAGAAGGGAGGAGACGUGUGUGCUGGCCUUGCGGGUUCCUUCCGCUCCAAGGAAAGGGACUGACCCAGAGACACAGUGCAUUAGCCAAAGCCUUACACCCAUGGUAUUUGAAAGAACAAUAAUAAACAAAAUAAAAGAUGAUUCUUCCAAACUUUGAAUCUGUUGUUCUUAAAGAUAAUGCAUCUAAAAUUAUUUUUUUUCUGUGUGAGAACUUUUUCUAGUUGUCUGUUUACUUCAUGUUUACAAAUAAUUGUUUGCUUUUUAAUGCAGUACUUUAAAAAUAUAUCAGCCAAAACCAUAAUUUACAGUAAUUUCUUAGAUAUUUUGAAUAAAUUCCAUGUCUUUGGAUAUGCUUACCAGUCUUAGAUU